AUGUUUUAUGCAGGGUGGUAUGGCUUGGGAGCUGCAAAACAGUAUAAUUGCACACGGCCAGAUGAUUCUCUAGCUAUCUUCGAGUCCGAAUCCUCACUGGGGGGCACAUGGGGUGACCAGCGCCUAUAUCCGCUACUAAAGAGCAACAAUCUAUUCGGGACGUACGAAUAUCCAGAUUUUCCUAUGGAUGCCGCGACGUUUGGUAUUAAGCCAGGUCAACAUAUCCCCGGCCCAGUCAUCAAUGCGUAUCUCAAGGCAUACGCAGCCAAAUUUAGUAUUACCAACCUAAUUCGGCUACAGACGAAAGUCAUCGCGGCAGAACACCAGGACACACUCGCGGGAGGCUGGAUAUUGACGGUUACAAACUCGAAUCAGGAGGAGUCAAAGGUCUUCACUCGCCGACUCAUUGUCGCGACAGGGAUGACUUCUGAGGCCUUUUUGCCCCAUUUUCAAGGCCAAGAGACGUUCGGCGGGCCCAUUUUUCAUAAUAAACAUUUCAUGCUCAACAGAGGAACAUUGACAACCGCGAAGUCUGUUACAAUUUUUGGGGCCACCAAGUCAGCUUGGGACGCUGCCUAUGCUUACGCCAUGGCCGGAGUAAAAGUCAAUUGGGUAAUCCGGUAUAUCCGCUUCCUGACCUGGUUUAGUCCCUGCGUUUUUAGCGAAGCUGGUGGUUACAGCGCCAUCCGCAAUUUCCUCCACGGCACUGCUAUCGGCAGAGCUAUCGUCAACAUUUUUUGGAGCAUCAUUGGCGGAGAUGUCAUAACACUCGGUAGAUUCGACAAACACCCGGAAACAGCCAAACUAAAGCCAUGGACUCAUCCAAUGUUCACAGGAACUAGUUUCAGCAUCUUCAACUAUGACACUGACAUUUUCGACUUGAUCAAAAAGGGUGACAAAAUCUCGAUCCACAUUGGUGAAGUAACCCACCUCAGCCCUGGUAAGGUGCACCUGGCCGAUGGUACAGAGUUGGACUCAGACGCCUUCCUCGCCGUUACCGGCUGGAAACAUGUGCCACCCAUGAAGUUCCUUCCUGAGGGAAUCGAUAAGGAGCUGGGACUCCCGCAUGCUCGCUCAAAGGAUGCCCCAGCAGAAGACCUCGCCAACCAACAAGAUCUUAUUGAACGUGCCGACAGAGAGAUCUUCGAACGCUACCCGCGGCUUAAGGACCAACCAGUCUGGAACAAGGAUUACGUCCCACUGACAUCUCAAACGGGCAUCAACACAACGGAUGAUAUAACGCCCUGGACACCACUGACGCCCUAUAUGCUACAUCGCUUCAUCGUACCCCCAUCCGAGCGUUUCCUCAAGGCUCGCGACGUGGCAUUCGUUGGCAUGGUCAGCAACUUCAGCAACAUCCUCACUGCCCAUUUGCAGGGUCUUUGGGUCAGCGCCUACUUCUCUGGGCUCCUGGCGAAUGAUCCCGCAGCGGCGAUCGCUGACGAAAAAGCUAUGCAGGCACUGUGUUAUGAGGCUGUGUUGCACAACCGAUUUGGCAAAUGGCGGUACCCUACAGACUGGGGCAGCAGAGCUCCUAGCUUUAUCUUUGACGCCGUUCCGUACCUCGACAUGCUGCUACACGAUAUGGGGCUGGAACCCCACCGGAAGAGAGGGUUCAUGACUGAGAUUUGGGAUCCAUACGGCCCCGAGGAUUAUCGGAAUGUGAAUGAAGAAUGGCAGAAAAAAUAUGAAAAUACUAAAGGUGCUAUUUAG